GAAAAAGGAGAAAAUACUACUACAUAUUUGAUUUCCACCCAAUUUUGAUAAUUGACCCUAAAUUCGCCCCUCUGGAUUGUUCUUCUUCCUGAAAUCACAUCACAAUCACAAUCAAUCUUCAUCGGCGCAUAAAACCUCAGAAUCAUGGUGUUUGUUAAAUCACCGGAUAACAAAACCCUAAUUCUGAAUCUUAAUCCUUCCACCACCACCAGACAGGCGCUUAGCCUCCACAUCCAGCGGAAUUACCUAAUACCCAUUGCUCAACAGCGCCUCUACUUGAGCCACCGUCUUCUCUCCACCCCGGAGAACGACGCCGUAUUACUCUCUCACCUCGGCGUUUCCCCAAACUCAACCCUAACCCUACACGUUCCCUUCCUCGGCGGUAUGCAAGCCCCCGUCGCUCCCAAGAAGUUAGAAUUCCUCGGCACAAGGCCGCCGCCCAAUUACGUCGCCGGUCUCGGCCGUGGUGCCACUGGAUUCACCACCCGUUCUGAUAUUGGCCCGGCCCGUUCCGCCCCCGAUUUGCCGGAUCGAUCCGCCGCUGCAAUUGGCGUUACCGCGCCGCCCCUUGGGGCGGCUGCGGUUGGCCGUGGCCGUGGGAAGGGCACUGGGGAUGAGGAUGAAGAUGAAGACCCGGAGGAGAAAGGAUACGACGAGAAUCAGAAGUUUGACGAGUUUGAGGGAAACGAUGCCGGAUUGUUUGCCUCUGCGGAGUAUGAUGAGGAGGAUAAGGAGGCUGAUGCUGUGUGGGAUGCAAUCGACGAGAGGAUGGAUUCGCGUAGGAAAGAUAGGAGGGAGGCUAGGCUUAAGGAGGAAAUCGAAAAGUAUCGAGCCUCGAACCCUAAAAUUACGGAGCAGUUUGCUGAUUUGAAAAGGAAAUUGUACACAUUGUCCACUUCGGAUUGGGAUAGUAUUCCUGAUAUAGGAGAUUACACUUCCAAGAAUAAGAAGAAGAGGUUUGAGAGUUUUGUUCCUGUUCCCGACACUCUCUUGGAAAAAGCAAGGCAAGAAAAGGAGCAUGUGAGUGCUUUGGAUCCGAAGAGCAGGGGAGUUGGUGGUACUGAAACUCCGUGGGGGCAGACCCCCGUUACGGAUUUGACUGCUGUGGGUGAAGGGAGAGGAACCGUGUUGUCCUUGAAGUUGGAUAGAUUGUCCGAUUCUGUUUCCGGGUUGACUGUGGUUGAUCCUAAGGGUUACCUGACCGAUUUGAAGAGCAUGAAAAUUACUAGUGAUGCAGAGGUAUCCGAUAUUAACAAGGCUAGGUUGUUGCUCAAAUCGGUGACACAGACGAAUCCAAAGCAUCCAAAUGGUUGGAUAGCCGCGGCUAGGUUGGAGGAGGUGGCAGGGAAGAUUCAGGCGGCCCAGCAUUUGAUCAAGAGAGGGUGUGAUGAAUGUCCGAGAAGCGAGGAUGUUUGGUUGGAGUCGUGCAGAUUGGCGUCCCAUGCUGAUGCUAAGGCUGUUAUUGCAAAGGGUGUUAAAGCGAUUCCUAAGUCGGUGAGGUUGUGGAUGCAAGCAGCCAAGCUAGAGCAGGAUGAUACGAAUAAAAGUAGGGUGUUGAGGAAAGCGCUUGAGAAUAUUCCGGACUCGGUCAGGCUCUGGAAGGCAGUUGUCGAGCUUGCCAAUGAAGAAGAUGCGAGACUUUUGCUGCAGAGAGCUGCGGAAUGCUGCCCGUUGCAUGUGGAGUUGUGGCUGGCUCUUGCUAGAUUGGAAACUUAUGAAAAUGCAAAGAAGGUGUUGAAUAAAGCUAGAGAGAAGCUUCCUAAGGAGCCAGCUAUAUGGAUCACUGCUGCCAAGCUAGAAGAAGCUAAUGGCAACACUGCCAUGGUCGGGAAGAUUAUUGAAAGAGGUAUACGAGCUUUGCAGAGGGAAGGCCUGGAAAUCGACAGAGAAAUGUGGAUGAAAGAGGCUGAGGCAGCUGAAAGAGCUGGUUCCGUUGCAACUUGUAAGGCUAUAAUCGAAAAUACUAUUAAGGUUGGUGUAGAGGAAGAAGAUAGGAAAAGAACAUGGGUGGCUGAUGCUGAGGAGUGCAAGAAGAGAGGUUCCAUUGAGACAGCAAGGGCCAUCUAUGGACAUGCACUUAAUGUGUUCUUGACUAAGAAGAGCAUAUGGCUUAAAGCUGCUCAGCUUGAAAAGAGCCACGGAACAAGAGAAUCUCUUGAUGCACUGCUGCGAAGGGCAGUUACUUACAUUCCGCAUGCUGAGGUUUUGUGGCUAAUGGGGGCUAAAGAAAAGUGGCUUGCUGGUGAUGUACCGUCUGCUCGGGCAAUUCUUCAAGAAGCAUACGCUGCUAUCCCCAAUUCUGAGGAGAUUUGGCUUGCUGCAUUCAAGCUUGAGUUUGAGAACCAAGAACCCGAGAGAGCAAGAAUGCUUCUUGCAAAGGCACGUGAAAGGGGUGGAACAGAGAGAGUUUGGAUGAAAUCCGCAAUAGUUGAGAGGGAACUAGGGAACACCGCUGAGGAGAGGAGGUUAUUGGACGAAGGGCUGAAACUAUUCCCUUCGUUUUUCAAGCUUUGGCUGAUGCUGGGGCAGUUGGAGGAGCGUCUCUCGAACUUGGACAAAGCCAAAGAAACAUACGAGCUGGGCUUGAAGCAUUGCCAGAACUGUAUCCAGUUAUGGCUUUCGCUCGCUCACCUGGAGGAAAAAGUAAACGGUCUAAGCAAAGCUCGUGCAAUUCUUACUAUGGCCAGAAAGAAAAAUCCUCAGAAUCCUCACCUCUGGCUUGCUGCAGUUUGGGCUGAGGCCCGACAUGGGAAUAAGAAGGAAUCUGAUAUAUUGAUGGCCAAGGCAUUGCAGGAAUGCCCCACUAGCGGUAUUCUGUGGGCUGCUUCGAUAGAGAUGGUUUCUCGGCCUCAGCAGAAAACGAAAAGCAGAGAUGCUUACAAAAAAUGCGGUGACGACCCACACGUACUUGCUGCCGUUGGGAGGAUAUUUUGGCACGACAGGAAGGUUGAUAAAGCUAGGUCCUGGUUCAACAGGGCCGUUACUCUUUCUCCGGAUAUUGGGGAUUUUUGGGCAUUGUACUAUAAAUUCGAACUUCAACACGGUACGGAAGAGACCCAGAGGGAUGUUUUGAACAGAUGCGUAACAGCAGAGCCAAAGCACGGUGAGAAGUGGCAAGCCAUAUCGAAAGCUGUGGAGAAUUCACAUCAGCCUACUGAAUUCAUCUUGAAGAAGGUGGUUGUUGCAAUUGGUAAAGAAGAGCAUGCAGCUGAGAAUAGUAAAAACUAGUAGCCAUCGUAAUACAAGUCCUAGCUGUCUGUCUAGCCAUGAUGCCUCGUUCAACUGUGGAAGUUCUCCUUAAAAAGUUGGAUUUUGUUCUUUUAACAUUUAUCUUCUCAUUUCCGGGUGAGAACUUCGUAAUUUUCUUAUCUAGUUAUGUAUGAUGAGUGGUCAUUGCACAUCCAUAAUACAAUGCAAGGUAUCAAGGCGGUAUAAACUGUUUGAGAUGAUUCCUUCUGUCAAUGCAGGGUGCUUGUUGAUGACCUUUACUUGUUACAAUACUCAGAUUCUUGAAGUAAUUCGUUUGGUUUCUUUUUUUUUUUUUUUUACUGCAGUUGCAACCUUUAAGCUGUCAACCCGAUGAUGUUUGGAGAGAUACUUUAAUACAUUAGUCAUUUGUGGAAGGUUUUUCGAAGUUGUAUUCUUUUCUUUAUUUCACAACUUGUGCAUAAAAUGAAAAUGGAUAGUCAAUAUAUCUUGUUUUGUAGUAUCAUAUUUCUUAUGGUUAAAUUGUGACAAAAGUAUACUGGCGGGACUCCUGAUUGAUCUAAGCUGAUCGUAAAGAUGGCUAAAAUAUGACAGCAGAAAAAAAGUAAAGCAUACUUAGUUCUGUUAUCUCUGAACCCAAAAGAUGUGAUAUAUAUCCAGGUUUCAUUUUUCUUAUUGAUGCCUCAUUUGUGUUGUUUACAUCCCUUGAGAUCUGUUCUUGCCUUUUUUUUCUCAGCAUUUAUUUGUACUGAUGGUGAAGGCGUAUUUACUGGAACACCAUUACAUGGAUGUUGAUAAAGUUGGUUCCUAGUUCGACAAUUGGGACUCUUGUUUUGUUUGAUUAGAGACCAGAAGGUUUAUAAACGAGGACGAGGACAAUUUUGACUGGGUUUUACCUCUUGUACGGGUUUUUUCUUGCAAGGUAUUUGUGGAAGUUCACAUGUUCUGAUUUUCCGACGACUUGGGAGUAAUUCUUUGGUGGUUCUUUAACAUUUAUCUUUGUUGAAAUACAAAACGAUAGAGUAGAUAUGAUGAAUGGUUACACACAAAAACUUGUCCAGUUUCAUCGUUAUUUACGGAAUGACCUGCUUUCACUAAUGUUCAAAUAUGAUCAAGCAUUGCCAUGCUGUAUUUUGGAGUUUAUUAUUCAAAUAAUAACCCUCAUGAAAA